UGUGACGUCAGCGCGUCAGGUGGGUUAUGUUUACAUCACGUCAAUUUUUCGCUGGCAAGUAAGGCGUUAUUGUGCCCGUUUCCUCCAAACAUGUCCCUGCGAAAUUGACAACACUCACCGAAAUGUAAUCGAUGGACGUUGUUGGUCUGUACGAGACAAUCUCCGAGGUCCGUAUUCACACGACAGUGAUAGGCAAACCUCAGGUCUGUCUAUAGAAGCUCUUCACCUGUCACCAUGGGCGGAGCUGUCAGUGCAGGCGAGGACAACGAUGAGUUGAUUGACAACCUGAAGGAAGCCCACUACAUCCGUUCAGAUCUGGUGGAAAAGGCCUUCAGAGCCAUUGACAGAGCUGAAUAUUAUCUAGAGGAGUGUCGUGACAGUGCGUAUAAAGACCUGGCUUGGCGGCACGGGAACCUCCACCUGUCUGCUCCGUGUAUCUACUCUGAGGUGAUGGAGGCCUUGGACCUGCAGCCUGGUCUGUCUUUUCUUAACCUUGGCAGUGGGACGGGUUAUCUCAGCACCAUGGUGGGCCUUAUACUGGGUCCGUUUGGUGUAAAUCAUGGUGUGGAACUACAUGCCGAUGUUGUUGAAUACGCAUAUCAGAAACUUGACCACUUCAUCAAAACCAGCGACAGCUUUGACAAGUUCGAGUUCUGCGAGCCCACUUUUGUUGUGGGAAACUGUCUGGAGAUCCCACCAGAGAGCAGACAGUAUGACAGGGUUUACUGUGGUGCAGGAGUCCAAAAAGAGUAUGAGAACUACAUGAAGAACCUGUUAAAGGUUGGCGGGAUCUUAGUUCUACCCCUGGAGGAGAAGUUAACCAAGAUCACCCGCACAGGUCAGAGCACCUGGGACACCAAGAAAAUCAUUGCUGUGACCUUCGCCCCAUUGGUUCAGCCCAAGCAGAAUCUCAAUGGCAGACCUAAAAGCGCUGUUUUACCCAUUUUUGAGGUAAGGACAUUGCAGGACCUCUCCCGGAUUGCCAUCCGGCGCACUCUGCGUCAGCCCAUAUCCAUGGGGGAAGGACGUACGAAGAGACGCGUCUCAUUCCCGGGGGCUCGAGCCAUGCACCGCUACGGCCCCCGGUUCGAACGCCGCCGCUUCUGUCGCCGUUUCUACAGGCAGUGCGUCAACUCUGUGGUCCUCCACGACUCCAUGAUUCCCACCGCCAUGGACGACUGCAACUACCCGGGAGGAGUGGAGGAGGAUGAAGAUGAGGUGGAGGAAGAAGAGGAAAGAGGUUGUCGCAGGGUGAGAGAAGACCUGCCCGAGGAGGACGAGGAGGGAGGCGCUAGCAACGAAGAUGAGAAAAGCAGAGGCGGGGCGGCCCGUGCCGAGCCUCCUGUUAAUGUUCUGAGAGAGAGGAUUCUGAGACUCCCCUUACCUGAACCGCUGAAGAUGUAUCUGCUGUAUUACAGAGAGAAAUGAGACGUGGUGAGAUCUAAUAGGUGCGGUGUAGCGCUAAGGCGAUUAGGCACAAAGGAAAGGCAUUUUUUUCUUCUUAAACCUCUCAAACUGGAUUAGCAUGACAAUGAAGUUCCCAUUUAAUGACAUCAUGAUACCCCAUCCUUUUGACAAGCAAAGCCACUGGAUUCGAGAUGAAAAACGUAUCGCCUGUAUAAUUUCAGCGUUCCCCUCUGUGAUCAUGCUUACAGAUGUCCCGCAACACUUCGUCCCUGUGGGAAUUGCAUUGGUUUGUAUGGGAGGUGAGCUUGUUGUGUGGAGCUCUUAUAGAGUAGCAUCACUUUGGGAUGUUGUAUAGAUUGAUAUUAUGGACCAAAGGGUUGAAUAUUUUUUGAUAGCUUUAAACAGGACCCCAAACUGUUUAAUUCUUCCCACUUCUCUGAAAGAAUGAACAGCAUCUGCAUGUCUACUGCUGUUCUGCACUCACAGUUUUCAGUAUUAGAGUUCGCGGGUGGAGCGUGUGUCGUUUUACAUCAUUUAAAUUUGAUUGACACGUCGUGAUGUCAUGUCGGCUUAUUCUGAGGCUGAUAUCAUUUUUUGGGCCCAGUUAUCAAAUGUUGCCAGCUCUUAGAUUGAUACACAGACAUUGUCAUAUGACAAACUAACCCUAAUUCUGUUGGAAAGAUCGUAUGGAAUAAAAAUAAUUUUUAGUGAAACUCUAUUUAUUGAUAAGUAAGUUAACACAAACUUUUAAUAGAUUUUGUUAGAAACAUAAAGCACUUUAGUCUUUUCACUACAAAUUCAAAAUUAUAAUUCGUUCAUCGUUCAAUCAACGGCCCUGCUCAGGAAUAUUUAGUUAAAAAAAGACCAAAACAUAAAAUGAACUUUAUAUUAUUUGACCAAAAAUAGCAAAAUACUAUUUUUUGUACAUCACCAAGCAGAUGAAAAAAGAACACUUGGAUUUUGAAAUAACAGGAUCUAAUUUCUACAUUAAGUUUUGUUUGCAGGUGCUUCUCUUCAUUUCUAUUUGAUAUUACUAAUGUUUAGGUAGCUCUUUAAUCCAGGAUAUUAUCAUCAUCUGUGAAUUAUUUUGCUGUAAACUGACGUACAAGCAUAUCUACCAGGUUUUGCUUUAAAAGACUGUGCUUGUAGGUAAUAGACCCUUCAAUAAAGUUUUAAUUUGCACACUGGAAAAA